GAUAUCUAAAUUUAACCAAGAUUGUUUGAAAAUAAAUAUUAUUUAAAUUAAAUAAUAUUAUGGAUAUACUCACAUUAUCUUAAUUCUAAAAAUAAUAUUUUUAUUAAAAACUAAUAUUUAUUUUACAGAAAUUUUUUGGAAUUGUACGACAAGUAGCUGGUCCAAACGACCAUCCAGCUAGUCCUUCUUUUCUCCUACUUUAUAGAAUGCUUUCAGUAUUUUCAUUGAUUAAGCCUCCUAAAAGUGGGAAUUCUAUGAUAUUUGAAGAUAACGCUCCUAUUAUAACUAUAGCUGAUUUAAAACAAAUUACUAAAGAUCCAGCUAACACUUCAAUAAGGAAGAAAAAAAUAGAGAAGCUAAAAGAAAAAUUGAAUAUUAUUUCAGAAGAAGGAUGCUGGGGUGUCGAUGACAUUUUUCUAGAACAAGAUUAUUCUGAUUUUACUGUUUUAGACCGUAUGGUAUAUUAUUUAGCUGGAUACAUGGCCAAGCGAUUAACUGCAAAGACUAAAUGCCAAGUCUAUGCAUCUAGUUUCAAAAAUCUCAACAUAACAACAUAUGGCACUAAUGCAGAUUUAAUAAUGCCUAAAAGUAGAGGAUAUCUUUCUCAUCCUAAUAGCAAUCUUUUCACAAUUAUUAAAUUGUUAGAACUAUCUGUUGAUAAAUUUAAGGACUCUCCAAAUGUAUUUGAAGAAGCUUUUGAAGAUUUAAAAAAAAAAAAAAUCUUAAAUUUAUUUGUGAAGAACACAAAAAAAACAGUAUUACCAGAUAUGUAUACAAUGUAUACUAUAUAUAUUACAUUGUAAUGAGAAUGAGGCAAUAUACAUAUAUCCAGAAUCAAAAUAGUAAAAAAUUAAACA